AAUUGCUCAUAUCAAGAACCGCCAUUAUACCUCGAUCUGCGGGCUAACAUGCACGUUUUGAAAAUGAGUACAGUAACGCAAUAUCUUUUAGCGGCAGCUGUCACCGCGUUGAUUGCCCUAUUUUGGAUUUUGAGGCAAAGAUAUGAUUACUGGAAGAAGCGCGGUAUACCCUACGUAAAGCCCGUCUAUUUCAUAGGGAAUCUAGGUUUUGUUAUGAGAAAAUCAGUGUUUGAUUUCUUCCUCGAGAUGAGUAAGAAGUAUCCUACGGAUUGUGUCGGGAUGUUCCUAGGAAUGACACCCACACUUGUGGUGCAGACACCGGAGCUUGCUCGGAAAAUACUCGUCAAGGAUUACGGCAAUUUCGAAGACAGGUUCCUGUAUUCGGGUCACGCCGACCCGCUUGGAUCGCUGAAUCUCUUCACAGUAAAAAAUCCGAUAUGGGCUUCGAUGAGACAAGAAUUAACGCCCAUGUUCACGUCAUCACGGCUCCGAAAAGUCACAGAACUUAUGAACAUUAACGCGGCAGAACUCGUGAAAAGAGUGCAGCGCAACUUUAUCGAGAGGAAGGAAGAUGUCAAUCUUAAGGAAGUUUUCUCUAUGUACACCUCUGACACGGUGGCGUUCACUGUAUUCGGCCUACGUAUGAGCCGCCUUAGCGACCAAGACUCCGCUUUGUGGUUCAUCACAAGCCACAUGGUCAAAUGGACUUUUUGGCGAGGACUUGAAUUCAGUACUAUAUUAUUUAUGCCUUUCCUGGCGAAAUUGCUGAGAUUACAAUUCUUUUCUGGAGGCGCAACAGAGUACAUUAGAAAACUAUUUUGGAACGUUGUCGAUGAGCGAAAUAAAACCGGCAUAUCGAGUGAUAAAGAUCUCGUUAAUCAUUUACUGAAAUUAAAGGAAAAUGUGAAACUCCCUGCCGAGUCUGGAUCAAAGUUAGCUGACGACUUGAUGCUUGCACAGGCGGCUGUAUUUAUACUGGGAUCUAUCGAGACUUCAUCUACGACCCUCAGCUACACACUACAUGAGCUAGCCCACCAUCCUGAAGAACAGGAAAAGCUUUUCAAUGAAAUUGACACAGCACUAAAGGAAAAGAGAAAAGAGAUUUUGGAUUACGAUAAUUUAUUAGAGCUGAAGUAUCUCUCAUCAUGCAUUAGCGAAACAAUGAGGAAAAACACACCAGUACCUUAUUUAGAGAGAAAAUGCAAGAACAGGUACCAACUGACGGACGACAUAGUGAUUGAGGAGGGCACCCCCGUGUUCGUGAACGUCAUGGCGCUGCAUUAUAACGAGAAGUACCACGAGGAGCCCGAGAAGUGGCGUCCCGAGAGAUUCCCCAACCCAUCCGACAAUGAUAACAAAAAUUUCACCUUCCUGCCCUUCGGUGAGGGACCUCACUUCUGCAUAGGAAAGCGCUACGGGUUGAUGCAAGUGCGUGCGGCGCUCGCACAGCUGCUGCACAGGUACCGCGUGGAGCCAGUGACGUCCUACGAGCUCAAGGCCGACCCGUAUGCCGUGUUCCUAGCGCCCGCCAACGGAGGCUCUGUCCGCUUCGUCCCGAGAACAUAGUACGUCCCUUGCUAUCGUAACCUACACUAGGGGAGUACAGCAGUGAAAUUGUCGUUUUUGAGGGCUUAAAAAUUCAAAAAAUUGUAAUAUAGUCUAUUAUAAUUAAUAAAAGUAAUAAUGGUAAAAGUAUAAAAUUGAAUGUAUACUUUUUUUCAUGGUACAGUUUAUUUACAAUAACAAUACACAUAAUGGACAUAUGCAACGGAUUAGCUAGAUAUUAUAACUAGCUAAAAUACGCCAUUGAGGCAUUGUACCAAGGAUGCUGGUGGCAUUUCCUCGUUGUAUCGCUAUACUGCUACGUUGUGCGAGGAAGCCUCCAGCUCUUCGGUCACCAGUUACGUCAACCAGACGCUUCGCGAUUUCUGCAAGAAACUACUGCGCGCUGGGACCACAUGGACCUUGAGUUUCAACGCCAAAUGGUAUAAAAUGGUACUCUCUACUGAGGCUUUUAUUUAUUACCUAAUUAGCUUAGUACCGUAUAAUAAUUAUUCAGUCAGCUUCUUGUGCACUGGACCAGGGUACACUCAGUGGUAGCUACAUACACAUAACUCACAUGAGUGUAUGAAGUUAUUACUGGUGUAUGUGCCUGGCUCCAGUUUUAAACCCUAAAAUAUUGGAAGUUUAAACCCUAAAAUAUCGUAAGUUUAAUUUAUUUCAAUAAUAAUUUAAUAUAAUUUUUAGAGUAAGUCGUACUAACACUGUAUGGACCAAGGUCUGAAAUAAAUGAUUUUUAUUUUAUUUUUAUUAUAGUAUCAUCUGCUUUGAAUAUUAAAACGUUUACCUAUUUCGCAAAGUGUUAGCAGCGACCAAAUGUAUGGUCAUGCAAUGUCGUUCAGAUGGACUUUUUUCUGUAUUAUAUCUAUUUUUAUUUUAGAUUGUUAUACCUCAAUUUUACAAAAUAACUUUACAAAAUUGCACGAGGUGUGAGGAAAAACGGGAUAAGUCGAGCAAAUUAUUUAUUUAGAUAAAAACUUCACGAACGUCAGUAUGGUUAAAUAUAGUAAGUAAUCAGUGAGUUAAGAGGGAAAUAUACCACGCGAUCGUCAAAAGAGAAAACUUUUUUCCGCUUUUAAAUAUUUUUCAUUCUUCAUGAUUUUUUAGUACGUUAUUGACACAAUGAAAAACUAGGUUUGUAGGUAUUCCUUAUUUAGGUUAUAUUUUCCAAAAUUGUAAAACAAAAAAAAAUGUUUUUUUUUUUUCAAAAAGCAAAACCUAAUAACUUAGAAUAUAUUAUGCUGAAGUGAUCGACAUCGAAGUGAUUUGUUAAGAUUUAGUUAGUGGAAACUGUUUUCUCCCGAAAUGGAAUUUCAUAUAAAAAUUACCGUUAUUUCGUAAGAUUCGAGGAAGCUCGGUCGAAUUUCACUUUCCCAUACAAACGGAGUUUCGUUCUCAUUUCAAGCUUCAAUUACGUGUUGACUGUAUGAAACUGCACAUACAAUGACAUGAAGUAUAUGUAGGGCUGAAAUUAGUUUAUAUUUCUCCACCUUAUAAAACAAUCGAAAUAUAGAGUUUUGUAUGAAAAUCUUAAAUUUGUUGUUCCGUCCGUAUUUUUUUAAACUAUGGUAUCUGGGGCUACAUAAACUAAUUACACCUUAUUCUAUUGUACAAAGUUUCAGAACAAUCUAGCUAAUUGUUUUAAAAUGAGAGCGUAUUUUUUUAUAACUACGUUUGUAUGGAGAACCGAGCUGGCUGGGGACCCUUAAAACCCAUUUGCUCAACUUAUCGAGGUUGACCGCCUAGACCUCACGCUGUCAUCUCACACUUGUUAGGAGCUCUGUUUUUGCCCAUAUGUAUGCUUUUGUAGGAUAUACAAUAAAAUUUAACCUAUCAAAUAAA